CCCUCGUCAAAGAUUCUAUUUGUUGUUGUGACUGAAGAUGGCCGUAUUAUCCUAUGCCUCCUGCCUUCUCUUGCUUCUCCUUGUCGUCGUCUCAGGGAUUAAAACGCAGGGUGAGAACAAUGAAACUGACAUGACUCCACUUCAGAAGCACGUAUCGUUCUUUGAUAGGAACAAAGAUGGGGUCAUCUAUCCAAAAGAGACCUACGAAGGAUUUCGUGCAAUUGGGUUCGGCGUUGCCUUGUCUUCCGUAUCCUCCGUCCUAAUUCAUGGCUUCCUCAGUCCCAAAACCAAUAAUGGAACAAUUCCAGCAAUCCUUCUCCCUAUUCUUGUAGCUAAUAUUCAGAAAGGCAAACACGGAAGCGACACUGGUGCCUACGACACUGAGGGAAGGUUUGUCCCUGAAAAAUUUGUGGAGAUUUUUCAGAAGCAUGCACACACUAAUCCUAAUGCAUUGACAUCUGACGAGUUGAAAGAGAUGCUUAAGGCGAAUCAACAACCUAAUAACACCCAAGGAUGGGUUGCUAGUCGGACAGAGUGGGAAAUUUUAUUCUCUCUCGCUAAGGAUAAAGAUGGAAUGCUUCAAAAGGACACUGUAAGACUUGUCUAUGAUGGAAGCCUGUUUUAUAAAUUGGAGGCAGAGCGAAAGGCUCUCAAAUGAAAGCGUAAAUGUGAGAGUUGAAGAGCGAAUUUUAUUCAAGUCAGUGAACUUCUUGCGUGAGAUGCUGUUCUAGAACAUUGCAUACAUAUGCAAAUAAAUUGUUUGUAAUGCUUACAGUUGCAUAAUUCAAAUUCUCUCUCUC